AUGCGAGCCGAUCCAAGCGCCGACCCGAUUUUCGGGGAUCCAGGGAUUGGAAACUCGGGACGUGGAACUGCAUGUCUCUCAAUUUCGAUGGGAGCGACCGCAUUCUUUCCUACGAAUUGCGGGUCCGCGGUCUCGAAGUCGCUGCAGGAGGUGUGCUGGGAGGGGAAGGACCACCGAGAGUACGGGGGUUAUACUAUGUACUGGAGCGGCGGAGAUACACACGAGCUGGGGGCAGCUUUUAUCGUGCUGGGCGAAAUGGCGAAGCGCGUGAUUGGUUGGUGGCCAGUCAACGACAGAAUGUGCCGGUUGAUAAUCAAGGGCCGAUUCUUCACCCUGAGCAUCAUCAAUGUGCACAGCCCGCACAUGAGAAGCGACGCCGAUGACAAGGACGCUUUUUACGAGCUUCUUGACCGCGAGUACAGGAAGUGUCCAAAACACGACGUCAAGAUUGUCAUCGGCGACUUAAACGCUUAA